GUUUUUUCCCACAGAUUAGAUCUAGAUGCAUCAGAUUAAAUUAAGUCAUCGCUUAUUACAACAAUUUUUUAGCUUAUUUGACGCAAUAUUUAGCGAAAUCUGCACAAAGUCUUGCUGAACAACAGGAAGGAGAAUAAAACUCCUCUUCAUUCCUUUUCUGCUCACGCCAUCAUCAUGUCCUUACUUUAUAUCCCUGAUGAUGUUUCUCGGUCACCAUGACGACCCUCCGUCAUCAGGGGUGCACAAACUUUUCACUCUUUAGAUUUUUGUAUAUUUCUUAAGAACUGUUGAGUCAUGAACUCCUAUCGGUCAGAAGGUGGUGGUGAAUCGUUUCCAUAGCAACAGCUCGUUCAAUACGGUGAGAAUUCGAGCCGACGAGAUUCGCUGCUUUGCUAAUCUUAUGAUCUUGUGAUUGGCAGGUGAGGCCAGUGCGUCCACCAUGUGGGACAACAACGCAUGGUCAUAUCUCUAUGGCAACACCUCAGAGGCGGAGCCACCCUUCCUCAUCCAGGACUUCAUCCACGCCCUUCAGCCUGAGGCGCGCUUCAUCGCCAUCCUGAGGGACCCCGUCGAAAGAUUAUACUCAGACUAUCUAUACUUCGGCAUGGCUAAUAAAUCAGUGGAGGAUUUCCAGGAGAAGGUUUGGGAGUCACUGCAGCUGUUUGACGCGUGUCUGCAGGAGUUCAGUCUCAGAGCGUGUGUUUAUAACAGCACACUGAACAACGCCAUGCCUGUGCGUUUGCAUGUAGGUGUGUAUGUGGUGUACGUGCUGGACUGGUUGUCAGUGUUUAGUGCUGAUCAGCUGUUGGUGUUGAGGCUGGAGGAUCACGCAGCAGACAAGAAAACGUCCAUGAACAGAGUCUUCCGCUUCCUACAACUGGGCCAUCUCUCUGAGCAGAAGGAGGUGGAGAUUACAGAGCGUCCAGCGUCUAACACUCGCAGGUUGGCUGAUAAGAACUUGGGCCCAAUGCUGCCUCUCACACGCCGAGUCCUCACCGACUUCUACUCUCCCUUCAACAGGAAACUGGCUACAGUGCUGCAGGACAACUCCUUCCUGUGGGACCACCACUCCACACACACCUAACACACACACACACACACACACACACACACACACACACACACACACACACACACCACAAACCGCUGCACUAUCACUUCCUGAGAGACUGUGACCCUGCCGGGAAACUCGUCAUGUAAAUAAAAUUAUUUUCUUAAAUUAUGAGCUGGAUUUCAGUGAAACAUCAAACACAUGUGUUUUAUAUCAUUUAUUUAAAAUAUCGAGAUGUUUUUAUAUUGUUUUCUCAAACAGAAAUAAAUAAUGUCUGUAAAUAAAAUAUACUAAAAAGCUUCAAAGCUAAAAAACA